AUGUCCGCCAUCCCUGCGGAGGAGAGUGACCAGCUGCUGAUCCGGCCCCUGGGAGCUGGGCAAGAAGUGGGACGAUCAUGCAUCAUCCUGGAGUUCAAAGGCAGGAAGAUAAUGUUGGACUGUGGGAUCCACCCUGGCCUAGAAGGAAUGGACGCUCUUCCUUAUAUCGAUUUAAUUGACCCCGCUGAGAUUGACCUCCUCCUCAUUAGUCAUUUCCAUUUGGAUCACUGUGGAGCUCUGCCCUGGUUUCUGCAGAAGACCAGUUUCAAAGGAAGAACUUUCAUGACGCACGCUACUAAAGCUAUCUACAGGUGGCUUCUUUCAGACUACGUCAAAGUCAGUAACAUAUCAGCGGACGACAUGCUGUACACGGAGACCGACUUGGAAGAGAGCAUGGACAAAAUCGAAACCAUCAACUUCCACGAAGUGAAGGAGGUCGCAGGAAUCAAGUUUUGGUGUUACCACGCGGGCCACGUGCUCGGAGCGGCCAUGUUCAUGAUCGAGAUCGCGGGCGUGAAGCUUUUGUAUACAGGUGACUUCUCACGACAAGAAGACAGACACCUAAUGGCAGCUGAAAUUCCAAAUAUUAAGCCUGAUAUCCUUAUCAUUGAAUCCACGUAUGGGACCCACAUCCAUGAGAAGCGGGAGGAGCGAGAGGCGCGGUUCUGCAACACGGUCCACGACAUUGUGAACAGAGGCGGCCGAGGCCUCAUCCCUGUCUUCGCUCUCGGGAGGGCUCAGGAGCUGCUCCUGAUUUUAGAUGAGUACUGGCAAAAUCACCCGGAACUCCACGAUAUUCCAAUAUACUACGCGUCAUCUUUGGCCAAGAAGUGUAUGGCCGUGUACCAGACGUACGUGAACGCCAUGAACGACAAAAUCCGCAAGCAGAUCAACAUCAAUAAUCCCUUCGUCUUCAAACACAUUAGUAACCUGAAGAGCAUGGACCACUUUGACGACAUCGGGCCCAGCGUGGUGAUGGCGUCCCCGGGCAUGAUGCAGAGCGGGCUGUCCCGGGAGCUCUUCGAGAGCUGGUGCACGGACAAGAGGAACGGCGUCAUCAUCGCGGGCUACUGCGUGGAGGGCACCCUGGCCAAGCACAUCAUGUCUGAACCCGAAGAGAUCACCACCAUGUCUGGACAGAAGCUGCCGUUGAAAAUGUCUGUGGAUUACAUCUCUUUCUCCGCUCACACGGAUUACCAGCAGACCAGUGAGUUCAUCCGCGCUUUGAAGCCGCCUCACGUGAUCUUAGUCCACGGAGAGCAGAACGAGAUGGCCCGCCUGAAAGCAGCCCUGAUUCGGGAAUAUGAAGACAACGACGAAGUCCACAUAGAGGUCCAUAACCCUCGCAACACAGAAGCGGUGACCUUGAACUUCCGGGGGGAAAAACUGGCCAAGGUCAUGGGCUUUUUAGCGGACAAGAAGCCAGAGCAAGGCCAGCGCGUCUCUGGGAUCCUUGUGAAGAGAAACUUCAACUACCACAUACUUUCUCCUUGUGACCUCUCCAAUUACACUGACCUGGCCAUGAGCACCGUGAAGCAGACGCAGGCCAUUCCCUAUAACGGCCCCUUUAAUCUGCUCUAUCACCAGCUGCAGAAACUGACAGGUGAUGUAGAAGAAUUAGAAAUUCAAGAAAAACCUGCUUUGAAAGUGUUCAAAAAUAUUACUGUAAUACAGGAACCAGGAAUGGUGGUGUUAGAAUGGCUCGCUAACCCCGCCAACGACAUGUAUGCCGACACCGUGACCACCGUGGUCCUCGAGGUGCAGUCAAACCCCAGAGUCCGGAAAGCUGCCGUCCAGAAGGCGUCCAAGAAGCUGGAGAUGCACGUCUACAGCAAGAGGCUGGAGGUCAUGCUGCAGGACAUAUUCGGAGAGGACUGCGUGAGUGUGAAGGACGGCUCCGUGCUCAGUGUCACCGUGGACGGGAGGACUGCGAACCUGAACUUGGAGACCCGGACUGCCGAGUGCGAGGAAGGAAGCGAGGAUGACGAGUCUCUCCGGGAGAUGGUGGAGCUGGCCGCGCAGAGACUGUACGAGGCCCUCACGCCGGUGCACUGA